UUGUCGGAGGGCUUUCGCCAGCCCGCUGUUAACCCCCUUCCCGCAAACCCAAGCCUCCUUCGGGGGGCCAUCCCAAGACUGAGGAAAGUUCCUUCCGAGCCGACAGCCCUCUUGGAUUUGGAGGAGGCACCCGCGCUGGCUGUGGAAUUAGAUCUGUUUUGAACCCAGUGGAGCGCAUCGCUGGGGCUCGGAAGUCACCGUCUGCGGGCACCGGGGUGGCGCUGCCUGUGCGGAACGGAGAGUUUGCCAGCCCCAGCUGCAAGUGGCCUCUCCUCUCCGCAGUUGUUGUUCUGUGUCUGGGGUGAGGACUGCGAGUGUUGUGGCAAGUUGUGAAGGGAGACCUGGAGGUCCGGAGAGGACUGCGCUCCGCUCGCGCUCCCUUCUUCCUCGUCCCGGCUCCUGGGUGUGCAAUCCCAGAGAAAUUUACAAAGGCCUCUGCGUCCCUCCGAGACCGGUCCGCAGCCUUCAGCCCCGUUGUCCCCAUUCCCAGCGGGAGCCCCGAAGCAGCACAGGGCGCCGGGGAAGGACUGGCGGGGCGGGGGAGGUCGCGGCGGCGGCAUGGCGAGGUUCCGGAGGGCCGACCUGGCUGCUGCAGGAGUUGUGUUACUUUGCCACUUUUUAAUGGACCGGCUUCAGUUCGCUGAAGGGAAGCCUGGAAAUCAAGUCAAUGAUGGGCAGUAUCAGGUUGCUCAAGCCUUCCCACAGACAGAAGAGGAGGUGGAGGUGGACACACAUGCAUUCAGCCACAGGUGGAAAAGGAACUUGGAUUCUCUCAAGGCCGUAGACUCAAACCGAGCUAGCCUGGGCCAAGACUCCCCAGAGCCCAGAGGCUUCACAGACCUGAUCCUGGACGAUGGGCAGGACAACACCACCCAGAUUGAGGAGGACACAGAUCAUAAUUACUAUAUAUCUCGGAUAUAUGGUCCAUCUGAUUCUGCCAGCCGGGAUUUGUGGGUGAACAUAGACCAAAUGGAAAAGGACAAAGUGAAGAUUCAUGGAAUACUGUCCAAUACUCACCGGCAGGCUGCAAGAGUGAAUCUGUCCUUCGAUUUUCCAUUUUAUGGCCAUUUCCUACGUGAAAUCACUGUGGCAACUGGGGGUUUCAUAUACACUGGAGAAGUUGUACACCGAAUGCUAACUGCCACACAGUACAUAGCACCUUUAAUGGCAAAUUUUGACCCCAGCGUAUCCAGAAAUUCAACUGUCAGAUAUUUUGAUAACGGCACAGCACUUGUUGUCCAGUGGGACCAUGUACAUCUCCAGGAUAAUUACAACCUGGGAAGCUUCACAUUCCAAGCAACCCUCCUCAUGGACGGACGCAUCAUCUUUGGAUAUAAAGAAAUUCCUGUCUUGGUCACACAGAUAAGUUCGACCAAUCACCCAGUGAAGGUGGGCCUGUCAGAUGCAUUUGUCGUCGUCCACAGGAUCCAACAAAUUCCCAAUGUUCGAAGAAGAACAAUUUAUGAAUACCACCGAGUGGAACUACAGAUGUCAAAAAUCACCAAUAUUUCAGCUGUGGAGAUGACCCCAUUGCCUACAUGCCUCCAGUUCAAUGGUUGCGGCCCCUGUGUAUCCUCUCAGAUUGGCUUCAACUGCAGUUGGUGUAGCAAACUUCAAAGAUGUUCCAGUGGAUUUGAUCGCCAUCGGCAGGACUGGGUGGACAGUGGAUGCCCUGAAGAGUCAAAAGAGAAGAUGUGUGACCCCACAGAUCCAGUGGAAAGUUCUACUCGAACCAGCACCACCAUACGCGCAACAACCACACAAUUCAGGGUCUUGACGACCACCAGAAGAGCAGCCACCUCCCAGCUGCCCACCAGCCUGCCCACAGAAGAUGAUACCAAGAUAGCUCUACAUCUAAAAGAUAAUGGAGCCUCUACGGAUGACAGUGCAGCCGAGAAGAAAGGAGGAGCCCUUCACGCCGGUCUCAUCGUCGGGAUUCUCAUCCUGGUCCUCAUCAUAGCCGCCGCCAUCCUUGUGACAGUCUACAUGUAUCACCACCCGACAUCAGCAGCCAGUAUCUUCUUUAUUGAGAGACGCCCAAGCAGAUGGCCGGCAAUGAAGUUCCGAAGAGGUUCUGGCCAUCCUGCCUAUGCUGAAGUUGAACCAGUUGGAGAGAAAGAAGGUUUUAUCGUAUCAGAGCAGUGCUAAACUUUCUAGGACAGAACAGCACCAGUGCUGGCUUACAGGUGUUAAGACUAAAAAUUUGCCUAUACCUAUAAGACACACACACACACACACACACACAUACACACACACACACACACACACAGGAGCCCUAAGCUGCUCUAGCCAGAAGGAGAUGAGAUUUCUGGACAAGCCCAGCCCAGGAAGGGUUAAAAAAAUUUUUUUAAACUUACAGAGGAUACCAGUUACCACUGAACAUAGAAUUCCCUAGUGGAAUGGCCUCUAUAGUUCACUCAGCACAUCUCCUGUGGACUUAUCAGAAAUAUGACAAGAUUACAGUGCUGUUGGCUUAAGGUGCAGGGUUGCAAAGGGAUCGAGAAAAAAAAAAUAUUAAUAAAGCUUUAGUUCACAAGGGAUCUAUACCUUUGGUUCAAAUAUUCUUCUCUGAUAACUGUGUUCCAAAGCCUGAACCCAUUCUCUCAAAAGAACAGUGACAAAUAUUUCCAGUUUGCUGAGAGAAGUAGGUGAUGCAGGGGCCCAAACAAACACAGAAGAAGAGAUUUUAUGUCUUUCUACCAGACAUGUGGCUGAAGGAUUUUGUUUUGCUGGUCUAGACCCACCUGUUUGAACCAGUUCGUUGCUUUACAGGAUGAAUCUUUAUCUUUCCAGUUCCGACUUUGCCCCCCUCUUCCUGGAUGCCUUCUGUGUAAGCAGUGACAGAAUCAUAGCCUUUUAGCUAAGUGUGAGGACAGAGGGAGGGACAAAUGAGGUUUCUGGAUCCCCCCCCAGCUCAGAGUAAAACGUCUGAUUGGUUUUCAGAAGCAUUGCCUCCACCUCCCAACUGUGAAGACUGUGAGGCCACAGUUGUUCUUGGCUGAAGGAAACAGAAGGAAACAGUACCAAGAGUUCCUUAAUCGUUUUUGAAGCAAAAAUGUUAAGGGAUUCUAAGCAUAUGAGGUUUUUCGUAUUUUGUUUUUUUUUAACUUUUUGCCGUUUCAGUCUGAGAGGCCCAUUUCAUUGUCGAUUCCUAUCUAAGAAGUCUUUCAAGUCAGCAUAUCCCUGGCGAGAAAAAGAGCAAAAGAACCCUGCUGAAUCAUACAGUAAUUUUCUUUAAAGCACAUAGUAGUUACAUAAAUAUAUAUAUAUAAAUAUAUUUUUGUUUAUAACUAACACAAGGCAGGCUCUUGUGACUCAGAGUGCAUUUUGUCAUCGAGACAAAACAAAUGCGAGAUGCAUUACUGCAUACUUCCAUAGAGUUGUAAAAUAAUCCUUAAUAUUAGAAUAUUUUUAUGUCACUUAGUGGAAGUGGUUCAACUGGUUGCAGCGCCGAUCAUUUUUCCUACCUGUUGGAGCCGCUGUCCCGUUCAUAUCAACCCCUUCCCUCCCUGGCAAAAUAAAGCAGAUGCAAAAAGCUCCUUAGAUGGAUCUGUUGUUUGCCCCAUAAUCACAGUCCAGAUUUUGAACCAUCCCUGUGAGUGAAGAUAGGAAAGGCACCCCCCCACCCCUAGAGGAGGAAAGUGGUUAAUAUAUAUACUGAGCUCCUAAAGUUUGAAUUCAGGUCCUGUGUGUACAAUUUCAUCAACAUCUCGACCCAUGAAACUUACAUCUUGCGCCAAGAAGCUGUUGGUUCUCAUAGAGUACCCAUGUCCAACAUUUGCAGAUUCAGGUAUCAAGAAGCAGAGCUGUCUCGUAAGCAGCACUUUACUACCAACUCAGCAUCUGUACACAGUGUCUACAUCAAAUGACAUCAGUCUGCUAACAGAGUAUCACAUAUUAUCCUCACAACUGUCUGAUGUAAACUCGUGCCAUUUUCCAUCGAGUAUAUUUUGCUUUACAUUUUAAAGUACCUGAUGAGGGUGUUAAUUUUUUUUUUCCUAACCUGCUUAGACGAUAAUUGCAAAAAAAAAAAAAAAAAAUUGACAAGCAAGGUGACUGAAGGGUGUGAUGACUGCUAUAGCUCUCUGCUAUAGCUACGUUCAGUUGAUAUGAAAUAAACCAACUUAUUUCUUGUGGAGUAGGUUUGGUCGGUUAGCAAUUACCAAAUGACUUGCCAAUAUAACUGAUGCAACCGGUAUUCUACAAAGGCAUAAGGAACACAUAGACGAUUCCUUCUAGGAUAAGUUGAUGCUUCUUUCACUUGCUUUUGUGUUAGGUGUGGCUUCCAAUAUAGCUGAUUGACAGUUAUAUAAAUCCUGCAUAUAUAUAUAUCCAACACCUUUCUCAAUUCUUUGAAGUAGUGGUGUAAUUUCUAUCCCUUUCAAAGUUCAUCUUCCACUUUUGAUUUUUUUUUAAAUUCCAAUUUUGUAAAAUACCCUAAAACUCUCUGAAUUGUCCAGUGUACUAGAGCAUACAGUAAGUGAAAGUGAAAAGGCUGCUGAAGUAUGGGAAAACUUCCCAGCCAAAUCAGGAGUUAAAGGUGGUGAGAUGUUUCUGUUGUUGAUGAAUCUUUUAGAGCUAAGGGAAAAGGCUAACUGAAUCCUUUUUUUUUUUUUUUUUUUUCAUGAAACUUUCAUUCUACUCUGUACCUCUGGUUUCUUCUUGGUGCCCAUUUACUGCAAAGGAAGAGAAGACAUUCACAGAGUUUCUGGAAAUUCAGAAUGGACUCUGGUGCUUUGGACUUUUCAUAUAUUAUGUAUUAGAAAGGAUGCAUCUGCAUGUUAUUUCAUAUACUAUGAACCUAGUAAAAGGAAAAUAAUAGCAAAGGAACAUAUACAAAGUUCUAGAGAAAUCAAAUAAAUGGUGCUACAGAGGAAGUUAGUUAUUUCAUCUUAAUUAUUUGUAAAAACAUUUAGUGAAUAGGUAAAGGAUUCCCAGAUGGCUCAGGCAGUAAAGAAUCUGCCUGUGGUGCAGGAGACCCAGGUUCGAUCCCUGGGUUGGGAGUAGAAUGACUACCCACUCCAGAAUUCUUGCCUGGAGAAUCCCAUGGGACAGAGAAGCCUGGCAGGGGUCCAUGGGGUUGCAGAGUUGGACACACUUUCACUUUUCAAACGUAUUAAAAGUCAAGAAAGAUAUCUUAAGCCAAUGAGGUGAAACUGACCACAGUGUUGAUUUGUUUAUGAAAGGUUUGAACUUCAACAUAUACUAACAAAUAGAAAGUUAAAGUGCAAUUUACCUCCAAUUAUCGUUUUAAUUUGGGAUGUCUAGCUCAGUAGUAAAGAACCCACCUGCCAAUGCAAGAGACAGGGUUCAAUCCUUGGGUCAAAAAGACUCCCUGAAGAAGGAAGUGGCAACCCACUCCAGUAUGCUUGCCUCGGAAGCUCCAUGGACAGAGGGGCCUGGUGGGCUACAGUUUGUGGGGUUCCAAAGAUUCAGACACAACUUAGCAACUGAGAACAUACAAAUGAGGCAGUCUCACAGGAAGCUUGUAGGAUGUGCUGUCCAAUAUAUCCACUAACCAAAUUGAUUGAUUUAAAUUAACUAAAAUUAAAUAAAAAUUCAGUUCUUUGGUCACUCUAGCCAUAUUUCAAGCCCCCAAAAGUCACAUGGGGCUUGUGGCUUCCAUACUGGACAGCACAAAACACUCCUGUCUUUGCAGAAAAAUCUGUUAACUCUGCUGUAGAAGUCUUUCCUUUUCGGCGGCUCAAACAGUAAAGAAUCUGCCUGCAAUGCAGGAGACCCAGGUUCGAUCCCUGGGUUGGGAAGAUCCCCUGGAGAAGGGAAUGGCUGCCCACUCCAGUAUUCUUGCCUUGAGAAUCCCAUGAACAGAAGAACCUGACAGGCUACAGUCCAUUGGGUCACAAAGAGUCGGACAAGACUGAGCGACUAACACUUUCACUUUCUUCCUGAAGAAAAGGAGGAUAAGAAAAAGUAGAUUUGAUAGUUUCUGGGCCUGUUUUUGCUCUCAGAGAGGAAGCUUAAAAUAAUGAAAAGAAUCCCAGCUGACACAGUUUUGAGUUUCCACUAUGUCCUCAGGAAAAUCACUUUUACCACUACAAGUCUCCAUUUGCAAGUUUGGAAAAUAAAAAUAUUUCUGUCCUGUCUUCCUUGCAAGGUUAUUAUUAUGUAGAUUGACUAAACAUACAGACUUUUAAAACCUUAUGUCAAUUGAACCCAUAGAAGGGGCUUCCCGGGUGGCCUAGACAGUAAAGAAUCCGCCUGCAAUGCAGAAGACCUAGGUUUGAUCCCUGAGUCAGGAAGAUCCAGUGGAGGAGGAAAUGGCAACACACUCCAGUAUUCUUGCCUUGAAAAUCCCUAGGACAGAGAAGCCUGGUGGUCUACAAUCCACAGGAUUGCAGAGUUGGACACCUGGACAACUAAGCACUCAUGUACAACCCAUAUACAGCACAUCUCUUGGCCCAGUACCAGCAUGAACUUGUAUUCCGAGGGAAAAAAGUCCAUCCAUCCUAAAAGCAUUCAAAGACAAUCAAAUCAGUCCAGUUCUUGAGGAAAUGCCAAAGGAACAUACACUUAAGAAUUACUUCAAUUCCUUUUUCCCCAUAUUAAUAUUUUCUCUUACGUUCCCCCUGCAUGACAUCAGUCUCAACCAUCCUCUCUCUCAAAGUCCUUGGGUGCAUUCUUCAUCUGGCUCAGUUCUUUAUUGUGUAGUGUCCCUGAGCCUCUCCCGUUUUUUCUGAUUUCCCAGUUAACUCUUCACAACAAAGAGAACCCAGGAGCUGACCAGCAGGCUUCUCUUUAGAAGAGAGUAAAACAAAUAAUUUCAAAUACGUAUUUUCUCCCUGUAACACAAAUGUAAGGGCCUGCCACACUAAAAUAUUACAGCAGGUGGCACAUAGUUUUAAAAGUAAAAAUUUGCAAAUGCAAACUACAUGAAAAGAGUAAAAUUAAAUUUUGUCAUAUUCAGGUAAUACAUAUUCUCAGAUUAGUGUGAUUUCUUAGUUUUGGCAAAAAGAAAAAUUCUUAUGUUAUUUCCUCAUUCUGAAGUAGUGUAAGUUUAGCAAUGCCCUAGUGUCUGUUGCUCAGGGCAAUAAGAAAAAGUUUUGCUGGAACUCAUGGCUUGAUUCAAGACACUUCCAUGAUAAGAAAUUAAUAUUUAAGUAAGAGUAACUGAAAAAUAGAUGCUGUGAUUAAGGCUUUUUCCUCCUAUGAAUUGUUAUUUUGCUUUGUAUUUCUUCAGGCAUUUUUUAGAUAUUUUAUUAAGAUGUGUUUUAUUAAUUCCCAGAGAUUGCUCUUGCUUUUACUUUCCCAGCCUCCAGUUUUUGGCAUCAUCAUCUAUAUGCCAGACUCAUGGAAGGUCAUCUAAUCCAACCUCUUCAUUUACAGAUCAGAAAAUUGAGGCCCAGAGAGAUAAAGUCAUUUGCCCAGCAUCAGAAGUGGGCCUUGAACUUAAAACUCCUGACUGGUCAUUUUUGUUCCAAUUCUCUUUGCCUAAACCCCUCCAUCAGUAUUUAAAGCCAACCACGCAGCUUCAAGAAUACUGACGUGGGUUGCCAUUCCCUUCUCCAGGGGAUCUUCCUGACCCAGGGAUUGAACCCAGGUCCCCUGCAUUGCAGGCAGAUUCUUAACUUUCUGAGCCAUUAGGAAAGCCCUUAGAACGCAGGGUCUGCCUGAAAGCAAUUUUUAUUUGCUAUCCUGACUCUCGGUUCUGUCCCAGAAUAGAGAACAUUGGACCAGCCUUCUGCCAUCAAGUGGUUGUCCUAAGAAUGGUACCAGUAGUUCCAGUUCUGGUCAUUGCAAGGUCUUUAUCUGGUUUUACAUGCCCCUACCUAUGGCCAUCUAAGUUAGCAAUACUAUCCUGUGUCACUUAAAAUUGCUCUGCCUUUGCUUCAUUUCUUCCCAGAUGUACCUGAAAACUAGUCAUCUUCAUAGCAGAUUUUCUUACUGAAUUAUCACAAUUUUUAUUUGCUUUUAAACCAGUGGAGCCUAAGAAGCUCUUUGGAGCAAAUGUUAUGAGGUCAGUGGCAUUACAUACUAUGUACUCCUAUUUCCCUGUGUUCGUAAAGCACUUUACAUUUUACAGGGCACUUUGAUUCAUUUCUUCAUUUGUUCAUUCAUUCAACCACCCAAUUCACUUAAAUAGUUACUGAGCACCUACUGGAACCAAGUUCCUGUGCUAGGUCUUGUGAUACACAGUGAUAGAUACAAACAAUAAGAGAUCAGGCAUGUCCACUAAUAAUUUUAAUAGGGUAAAAUCUUCAAACACAACUUUGCAAAUUGAUUGGCUCACUACUACUCUAUCCAAUUUCCAGUUCUAAUUUCUAUUCUACUAAGAUAGGGAACUCUCAAGUACUUGUCUGAGGAACGUUUCUGAAAUAUGAUACAUCAUUGCCCAUCUCUGCUGUUUGCUCAAUUUCAAAUGAUGUGUUAAUUUCACUGAUGAGAAGAAAAGUUACUCAUUGAAAGUUGUCCCAGACCCAGAAGGACUUGUUUGGUCAUUUGAAUUCUUCCUGAUUAGAUGUAAUAAUAGUUCACUAUCUUAUUCUCAUAUUUCUACUGUGGCUUUGCGAUUUAUCAAUGCCAUCUUUUCAAGGUCUUCCAGAAGUAUCCGUAGAUCAAUGAAGCAUUUGCACUUUAGCUAUGUGUGGUUGUUUGUUAUUCAUUAGAUUGUCUCAGGUUUUCUCACCCUCAGCACUAAUUGACAUUUGUGGUCCCAUAAUUCACAGAUAGGGAUGGGAUGGUGGAGUGGUCCCUUGGAUUGCAGAGUGUUUGCCAGCUUACCAAGUUCCCAUUGACUACAUACUGGUAGCUCACACACACACACAGAUAUCCCAACUAUGACAAUGAAAAAUGUUUCCAGACAUUGCCAAAUAUCCCCUGGGAUGAGAUUGGGCAAACUACUGAAUUCUCUAGUGAACAAAAUAUAUCAGGAGAAAAAAAGAAAUGUUUCUCUUUCUCUUGGCACUUAAUCUUCAUUAUAAAUAGGUUUUUUUUAAUUAAUAAUAAGACUUGGCAUCAUAAACUCUUUGCAUGAAAAGGGACUGUAAAAGUCACUAUUUUAAUCACAACCAAACAUCAUCUUUUUCUAUUUCAUCAUCUCCUAGUUUUACAAAUUUAUUGAGAGAUCUGAAGAUUGUUUGUUUAUCUCUGGAACUUGGGGAUUUACUUUCUCAUAGCAAGAGAUAAGGCUGUUUGGUGGUUUUGCUUUGCCCUGAAAUAGCUGCCGCAGGGGUUUUUGCCUCAGUCAGGAAGUUGGUAUCACACAGCUUCAGUAUCUCAGAGACUUCAAAGAGUUUUCUUCUGGGUAUUUCACACAUCUGCAAAUCCUGCUCCAUCAUCUUUGCUUUCAAAAUGUGCAUAAAAGUUGACAUUUGGUACGUCUAAUUUUAAGUAUAUCUACAUGAACUAUUUUUUUCUUAAGUUUUCUAUUUCUGAUAUUGAUUUCUUUUUAUCGUCCCUCUUUGGGGGGAAAAAAUUGGACUGUCCCAAGUAAUUGCAAGUUGGAGAUGUCUGAGUUGUACUAUCUAAACCUAUCAAGCCAAAGUUCCUGCUGAUUCAAUGUGCCUUAUGUCAGUUUUCCUGUAGGAUCAGUGAUUUCCCGUAAACAACCCUGUGUUUGUACUUGUGUCUGUGCUGCACCAAUUGGAAAAGUCAGUGACAUUAUGAGACAACCCCUUAAGAAUAUCUUACAAAUAACAACAAACCUCCAACUGGAACAUCAGGUCUUCCUCUACUCCUUUGCAAAAGACCAACCCAGACUUUGGAAGCAUUCUUCAUUGUUUACUACAAGUUGCUAAUACACACACACAAUUGAAAGCUUUGAUUAUAAUAUCCAAGGCUAUAGAGUAUUGACAAGAACAUCCAAAGAGACCUUUCCCAACCCACACCAUCACAGAAAUCAGAAAACUCCAGCCUAGGAGAUCCUCAAGUGUGUGUAUGAGUUCCUUCUCUACCACUGUCAUUUCAGAUGCUAUGGUGAUACUUAAGGUUUUGACUAAGAUUUUCCAAUUUCAACUUAAAUUUCAAUGCAUGUGCCUAAUUAUUGCCUGACAUGUAUUUUAAAUCAUCCAGUGCCCAGUGCUCUCACAAUGAUUAUUGCAAAGCAGUAAGAUGAUAAUUGCUCAAGUAAAAUUACCUAAAUUCUUGAAUCAAUUCUCCAUAACAAAUUUGUAGAACACAUCAUCAUUGGCUUCUCAGUGUUAAUUCUUAUUAAUUUUCAGAUCACUGUCCACACUGAAAGAGUCUAUGUUACUUUAAAUCCAAGAUAAAAGAUUAACUAAGGCAAAACAUAUGCUUUUGCUCAUCUUUUUCUAAUUUCUAAGAUUUAUUAACAUUUGAAAAUUACUUUUUUAAAAAAGCCUCUCCUAAUGGGAUAAGGUAAAAAGUUUUAACUUGGAAGAUAGUAAUAUAUUCAUUUUUAUUUCAGUUGAAAAACCUCAGUGACUUCUGUCAAUACCACUGGAGUGUUGUUUUCUCUUUUUUUUAUAAAAGUGGUCUCUCUCAUCCCUAGCAUUACAUAUAUAUAUAUAUGUAUAUAUAUAUAUAUUCAUGACCAAAAUAUCACUUACUUAUCAUGCAACCAUAAACCUUUUGUGCCUAUCAAAUAGAUAAAUAUCAUGAAACUAAUUUUAGACAUUUGCUGUAUGAGAAGAAGUAUAGAAAUGGGUGGAUGGGGGAUGAUUCAUGGAAAAAUAAAGAUCAAAAUAUGCUUUCGAGCAUAAUUUUCAACUUCUUUAGAGCAAUGUGCAAAUACAUAUUCAAUGAAGAUUAGCUCAAAUUUAAGUCAUCCAGACUUUGAGACACUGGGUCACAGAUCCCGCCAGUUAUGCCAAGAAACACAUGACAUCCAGAAGGCAGAGGUGGCCCCAUUUUAGCUAAAACUCAGCCAUUACCCAUCUUCUAUGGCACCAAUGCUAAAUUCAUAAGGCUUUUUUCCUAGGGAAUUGGAUUACUUGAGCAAGUAAUAACCAAAAAAACACUUUGCACUUAUUACCCUCUGACUUACAAGGCAUAACCGUGUACUUUGAUUCCCUUAUACCAGAGACCAUGCAACAUCCAACCACACAUAGGCAAUAAAAUACAAUAAAAAUACUUUUCCUGAGGAAAGGGUACAAUAUUCUGCAGACCCAGAUCUCUGUGAAGUUUGACCAUCUUGGGACCAGACUCCAUACUCAUGUCUAGACAUUGUGGUCAUGCCUAAGCAACCAUUGUAAAACUAGUUGGAACAAAAAUAUACUCAGCGUCAUAUUUUUAGCAGGGAAAUAAAAACUCAAAGUGUCUUCUUUGGCUACUCUGUAAGCGGCUACUCUGAAAAUACCAUCAAGUGAAAUCAGAGCUUCUUCUGCUAAAAAAUGUUAAGAUCAUUUUAGGGAAAUGAAGUACAUUUCUUGAGACACAAACAUUUUGUGUUUAUUGGAAGUAAAUCUCAGGGCCUUAGCUGAGAUGCAGGAAGUCUUUUCAUUGGUUGGUCAAAACAAAUCUCUCAUUUGCCUCAUUUGAGGCUUUGAACAGUGCCUGGGAAGAACAUUAUUUUCAGGGGAAAAAAGAAACAGGCUUUUUUUUUUUUUUUUUUGCAUGCCAGCUGGGAUCAUGGUAACUUCCAAUGCCAGGAAUUUACUACUGUUUCUGGUAAUUCUGCUUGUAGUCAUCUGAAACAUUGAAGGGUGAAAGGAGGAGAAACUGGGCACCUGGGGAGGGGAGGGCUGUCUGUGUUUCAUGCCAGUUGCACACAGAAUAUUUGUAAAUGCAUUUCAAAGUGGGUAUAAUUGUAGCCUUUGUCAGAAUCACAAAGCUCACUAUGGAGCUGCUGAAAGAGAACCCUGAGGGGAAAAUCUGACCCUCUACACACAGGGCUUCCCCGGUGGCUCAGUGGUAAAGAAUCUGCCUGGCAAUGCAGGAGACACAGGUUCGACCCCUGAGUUGGGAAGAUCCCCUGGAGGAGGAAAUGGCAACCCACUCCAGUAUUCUUGCCUGGGAAAUCCCGCAGACAGAGGAGCCUGGCGGGCUAUAGUCUAUGGGGUUGCCAAGAGUCGGACACAGUUUAGUGAUUAAGCACCAUCACCCAACAAAAGGAAAGGCAAUGGGUAAGCCUGUCACACUUUUUGUUUGUUUCUAUUUUCCACAGCCCUGGACUUCAAAUCAAGGACGUGUCUGUCAGGUGAAGGUUAAUAUUGCUGAGGUUUUCCCAAAACUUCCUUUAAUCCUUGGAAAACUGAGCAUUUUUAAUUUACUCCACUCCUCCGGGCAUCAUUCCUACUUCUUUUGCCAUGUGAAUGAGACACUGGAGAUCGCAUUUUUUCAUAGUAAAAUCAUAUUCAAAUACUUCCUCGAUGACCUCAUGCUUGACAUACCUGAACCUGCAAAUGUAAAAAUGAUUGUAUCUGAAUUUGCACUGAUGGUAUAUGAUAGCAGAAGACCUUACUGGAAUCCCCUGUUUAAAUUUAGUAAUUUGGAUGCUACGUACUUCUACAAUCUUCUUGGUUAUUUUCACUGUAAGAUUAAUUAGCUAAGUUUGAAUGUAUUUCCUUACAGUCUAUUCAUUUGCCAUCUAUCUCUUACCUGGGGAUCAUUAUGAUUGCAAUAAUUCAUUGACGUUUUCUGCACACAGCUUCUUAAACCAUUUUUUUUUGCAUUUCUUUUCCUUACAGUAUGUGGAAAAUCUGGUUUGUUUGUUUUUCCUAGUAAUCAUUUUGUAAGAAAGCGCAGUGUAUCAACUGCCGUGGUGACACAAUUCCUCUUUUAAGGUCUGGAAGCUGGUUGUGACCAAAUGCCAUAUGUCUUCUCUCUGUCAAUUGCUAUUUUCAGAAUUAAAUCUUUCUUUUUUUAUCUUUCACUUUCAGUUGGAGUCAACAUAUUUGGGAAUUUUUAGAAGGGGGAGAAGGGAGCAAUUUAUGUAAUACUGCUGUCAUAUUUGACUACAUAUUAAAAACAAUAAAUGAUCAUUUUGUUUUAA